GCUGUCACUGUUUUAUACCAGCACAUGGAGAAUGUUGCUUGCUGCAGCGCCCACCUGCUGGAAAGGGAGAGAGGCUGGGGAAACCAAAAAGCAGAGAGAAGCCCCAAUGCCAUCCAGCCUCCAGGGUCCCCAGCUCGCCAGGCACGCCAGCAAUGGGAGUGUGAUUACAUCAUCAUCAUCACACUUCCCGCGGCGUGGAAGAUAGAGGAGGUUCCGCAUGUGCCAGUGCCGCCGAGCAAGCCCGGAAGUUAGAGGUCACAAUGCACUGUAAGCAAAUCCUGGGAAUUACAGCUAUCGGAGUGGCAUCCCUGGUGAUUGGGAUUUUGAUUGGACAUUUUGAAAUAACUCCAGCAAAACCUGCAUGGCUGCAGAGAAUGAGCAAAGAUGGAGACCCCAAAUACAGCCAUCAUCUGUUUAAAGAGAUCCAGGCUGAGGAGAUUCGCAAAAACUUGCAAUUUUUCUCCAGCAAACCUCAUAUAGCAGGAAGCACCCAGGAUGAAGAGGUACUUGUCAGUCACAUUCAUAAGACAUGGCAAGCAAGUCUUCAUGGAGCAAAGAUAUACAACUACACUGUACUUCUCUCUUACCCCAAUGCAAGUGAUCCCAAUUAUGUCUCCAUUUUGUCUGAUGAUGGAACUGAAAGUGAUCUAUCAGAAAAAGUUGAAAAGAUUCUCAGUCCUGAUCAAAAUGAUCCUACUGUAGUCAAUCCAUUCAAUGCCUACUCGCCAUCUGGUGUUAUUGUGGGAGAUCUAGUGUAUGUUAAUUAUGGAACUGUGGAAGACUUCCAUUACCUAACAAGGAACUUGUCAUUGAAUUUAACUGGCACUGUUGCAAUUGCCAGAUAUGGUAAAAUAUUCAGAGGUGAUAAGGUGAAACACGGGGAGAUAUUUGGUUGUGCUGGAAUGAUUCUAUACUCUGAUCCAGCAGAUUAUGUGUCCGGCAGCCUAGACAGAGUAUUCCCUGUUGAUUGGUGGUUACCAGGCACGGGUGCUCAGAGAGGAACUCUUCUUCAAACUAAUGGAGAUCCACGCACCCCAUUCUACCCAUCUACCAGUUCUGCAUUUUACUUGGAUGAAAGAGAUAUUGAACUGCCGAAGAUCCCAGUGACCCCAAUUGGCUACAAUGAUGCUGCCAAGUAUCUGAGUAAGAUGUCUGGGAUGGAAGCACCAAUCCAAUGGCAAGGGACGUUGAACAUCACAUACAGGGUAGGACCAGGCCUUGCAUCUCCAUUUGAGAAAAGUAAAAUAAAACUUUAUGUGAAAUCUUAUAACGUUCAGAGGUCAAUCAAGAAUGUCUUUGGAUUUAUUGAAGGACAAUAUGAACCUGAUCGUUAUGUGGUUCUGGGUAAUCACCGAGACGCUUGGGUUUUUGGCGCUAUUGAUCCAUCCAGCGGCACAGCCACUAUGAUGGAGUUAAGCAGAGCAAUGUCACAGCUACUUAAAGAAGGCUGGCGCCCCAGAAGGUCCAUUUUGUUCUGUAGUUGGGGAGCAGAGGAAUAUGGUCUUAUUGGAUCUACAGAAGGAGUAGAGGAGAUGGGAAAAGUCUUAGGAUCCCGAACUGUGGCUUACCUGAAUGUGGAUCUGUCCCUUGCAGGAAAUUCCACCCUUCGUGCACUUGCUACUCCCAUCCUGCAUAAACUACUGUUUGCGGCAGCCAAAAAGGUAGAAAAUCCAAAUCCAGAUGAAGUGCGUGCCGGACGCAAAACAGUGUAUGACACAUGGGUUAAAAAUCUGCCUUCUUCAUAUGACCCAAAUAUCCCACGUGUGGGAGACUUGGGAUCAGGAAGUGACUACUCCCCGUUCCUGCAACUACUUGGUGUUUCUGCAGCAGAUGUGAGAUACACAUAUGAUCAGAAGUAUUCUUUAUCCUCAUACCCCAUGUAUCACUCUGUGUACGAAACAAUGGAUCUUGUGUCUCGUAUUAUGGACCAAGGCUUUAAGUACCACCAAGCUGUUGCACGGCUGUGGGGUGAAAUGGCUCUGCGCCUGGCUGAUGAUGUUGUGCUAAAUUUUGACUGUGUACAGUAUGCUGAGACACUGAAAAGGAUUGUCAUGGAAGCACAACGCACAUAUGGACCUAUGUUACAGGAACAUAGAAUGAGUUUGGAUCCAGUAAGGGAAGCAGUUGAAGAAUUUCAUCAAGCUGCUAAAUCUUUACAAGGAAGGGCUGAGAAAAUAAACAGAGAAAAUCCGCUAGAGGUAAGAAAGAUUAAUGAUCAACUGAUGCAGCUAGAGAGAGCCUUUAUUGAUCCACUUGGAAUCACUGGCAGCAUAUAUCACAGGCACGUGAUUUAUGCCCCUAAUCGGCACAAUCUGUACACUGCCUCCAGUUUCCCUGGACUUGCUGCUGCAAUGUUUGAUAUAGAGAACGAUCCAAACCAGGAAAGGCGUUGGCAACAAGUUGAAAAGGAAGUUUCUGUAAUUGCAUUCACCAUAGCUUCUGCUGCUAGCACCAUGCAGGACACUAGCAGCAUAGGUGGAGUCAGUGGGAAAUACUGAAAUGUUGUCCUCUUAAUGAUGUACAUUCACUAUCAUGAAAUGCAUAAAACUGCCACUGAUAACAUUCUUGUUUUAUACUGUUAUUGUAUCCUAAAAUAUCCUGCUUUUCCAGUUGUGAAUGUUAAGGAGAUACGCUACCUAUAUUUAUUGUUUAUAGGAUAUACAUUCUUUUACCGUAUGCCUAGAGUUUUCCAAUGUUAGCCAUGCCCCCUCUGACUACCUGUUUAAGACACACUUUUAAAUAGUACAAUUGUUUUACAAGCAUGUCUAAUUAUCUUAUACAGUAUGAGGCAGCACAUUUCCUUUUAUUUCUUUACACUGCCCUGUAUUGUGCUUAUACAGAGUUAGCACAGCAAAGUGUCUCUGAAAAUGUCAUUAAUACAUAAGUAACUUAAUUCAAGUGAUACAACACAUAAAGAUCAAUUUGUAAUAGAAUAUAUUGCUAAUGCAUGGAGAGUAAGUGCCUAGUACAAAUGAAUAUAAAUAAAGCAU